CAAACCAGAUGGAGGCUGGCCAACGGGCUGGUCUUGCCUUGCCUGCCCGUCUGUUGCUGUUGCUCGGCUACAGCUCACACACACACACACAUUAGACAUUAGACACAGAGCAGGACGACUGUAGACGUCUUCACGACGCCGGGUACAGCCAGAGAAGUAGAUAACGGUACCCGUAAGGUAAAGUCUGUCAUGAGUUAUCGUGGGGUAGUUAGUUAGCAACCGUCAACGGUUGAGCUAUCAACUAGCUACUAGCUUUUUUUUGUUGUUGUUGUUGCUACAAGUGGUAGGUUGUCGUAGGUUAACCGUGAAGGAUAUAUCUGUUAAACCGACAGCAGCAUAAUGGAUUUUACUUAUUUUUAAUUCGCCAUUUAAGCCAGCAAUGCGUGCUACGUUAUCCCCGAACAACGUUAGCUCGCCGGCGUCGGAUUAUACGGACCGUGCCCUGCCCAGCAUCCCGCAUGAUGAGUGAUCAUUAUGUUAAGGUUAAGGUUCAACUCGAGCAAAUGAAGUCAUUUGGCAAGGAGGAUGCAGAGAAGAAUGAGGAGGAGGAGGAGGAGGAGGGUGUGGAUGCAGAGAAGCAGACAUCAAUGUCUUCCCCACCUCCUGCUUUAGUCUCACCGGACCCUCCCAGCAUCACCACAGCUGACAGAGAUGCCUCCAACACCUCCAUCACCUGUAAACACAGAGGAGGUAAAAGUCGUGGUGGUAAGAACUCCUCUGGCAAACACAACAUCACAGAUCUGGCAUUGCACGGCUCUGGGAAGAAAUCGAAUAGACUAGGAGGACAUGAGAGGACACUUCAUAUCAGGGGGACUGGGAAGAUCCUGCAGGGCAAGUCUGAGAACAAUGGGAACUAUGUCACCAUCCAUCCGUCCAAGAACAUUCAAGAGACAUGCCGCGAGGACGUCUUCAAACAUGCAAGGAAGAGAAGACCAGUGACGGUGGAUACUGCAAAAGCCAAAACCUCGUUGGAGGCGCUGAAGUUGAGCAUCAAGCAGCUGAAGUGGAAAGAGUUUCCUCUGGGAAGACGAGCGCCCUGUGAUAUCUACUGGCACGGCGUUUCCUUCCAUGACAAUGAAAAUAUUGCCUCAGGGCAGGUGAACAAGUUCCCAGGAAUGAUUGAAAUGCUGAGGAAGAUCAACAUGAGUCGAGCAGUGCGGACUAUGCAAGAGUUGUUCCCGGAUGAAUAUGACUUUUAUCCCCGUUCCUGGAUCCUGCCUGAGGAGUACCAGCAGUUUGCCACGCAGAUUCGUAUGGUGAAGGAGAAUGAUGCAACAGUGAAUCCCACCUUCAUUGUCAAGCCAGAUAGCGGCUCUCAGGGGGACGGCAUCUACCUCAUCCGUGACCCUAGUGACCUAAAGCUCAUGGGGGGUUCACAGGCCAAACAGUCUGUUGUCCAGGAGUACAUCCAUAAGCCGUUACUCAUUGACAAGCUCAAGUUUGAUAUCCGCCUCUACGUGCUGUUAAAGUCUAUGGAGCCAUUGGAGAUCUACAUUGCCAAGGAAGGCCUUACGCGUUUUUGCACCGAGCCCUACCAGGAGCCAAGCCAGAAGAACUUGAGCCACGUCUUCAUGCACCUGACAAACUACUCCCUCAACGUCCACAGCUGCAACUUUGUCCACUCGGACAGCCAGAGCACAGGCAGCAAGCGCACCCUUUCCAGCGUGCUGUACAGGCUGGCAGCUAAAGGCGUAGACAUCAAGAAGGUGUGGUCGGACAUCAUCGCCCUCGUUAUCAAGACUAUCAUCGCCGUGGUGCCUGAACUUAGAGUGUACUAUCAGGCUGAUAUACCACCUGGCAAACCAGGACCUACUUGCUUUCAGAUUUUAGGGUUUGACAUCCUGCUGAUGAAAAACCUGAAGCCAGUAUUACUCGAGGUUAACUCCAACCCCAGCAUGAGAAUAGAACAUGAACAGGAGGUGGCACCAGGGGUUUUUGAAUAUGUUCCUAGUCCAGUUGACGAAGAGGUCAAAGUGGGUGUGAUCAGGGACACUCUGCGCCUUAUGGAUCCUUUCAGCAGGAAAUCUUCAAUUUCCCAACCGAAGGCUGGCGGGUUUGAACACAGGGAGGAGAUUCCCAUGGAGGCAGAGACGCAAGAGAAGAGCCCGGACGACGGAGCUCUGCCCUCGCUGUGUCUGAAGCAGGUCUACCCCAAGUACACCAAACAGUUCAACCACCUGCGGCUGGUGGAGCGCAUCGCGGCUCUGUUCAUACGCUUCCUCGGGGUCAAGGGCAACAUGCGUCUGGGCCCCACUGCCUUCCGAACCUUCAUCAGGACCUGUAAACUGAGCAACAGCAAUUUCACAAUGGCUUCAGUGGACAUCCUCUACAUAGACAUCACACGUCGCUGGUCGGGAGCGAUGCCCGACUCUAGGGAAGCAGGUAUGGGACUACAAGCGUUUGUGGAAGCCUUUUUCCACUUGGCGGGCCGCAGGUUCAAAGUCCUGACCAUGAGGGAGCAGGUAGUGUCGCUGGUGGAGCUGUGCGAGGCUCAGCUGGAGGCCCCGUCGAGCGUCGAAGACAGACGCUCCGUGAGCUGCAGCAGGGCGCUGCCACGAACCAACAGGACUCAGACGCUGGGCCUCGCCAACCCUCAGCUCGACUCUCCCGCUCCCACGCGAAGGGCGGCCAGCCAGGACUACCGGCUGCAUCAAAGACUCAAGCCUCGCACGCUCAGGGCCAACGUAGAGAACUAGUCUUCCGACUCUCAAACACUGCCGUUAGCUUUCUCCACAGGAGCAGGGAAAUUAGGUAUCCAUCUCUUCUCUGUAACUCCCGCGAGGGGGGGUGGGGGUGACGGGAGCUGAGAGGAGAACUAGUUUGACCCCUGCUGGCUGACUCGCAGGAGGACUGUUCUCAGCCUGAUUGCUUUUUUUUUCUUUUUAAAAAGAGGAGGAGGAAGAUGUCCGCAGGGGGAGUGGAUAGGAAUAGAACGAAGGAUAUAAGGAGGUUGGUGCAUUUCUUCUUUCCCCUCCUGACGUGAUCGUACAUGGACAGCGUGGUUCAGUCAGGAGGAGGAUGAGGCUGCUUUUUUUUUAAUUAAACUUACGAUUCUACAGGGCAGCUAUUUGCUCUCCUUCACCUUCCGUCCUGGCUACACCCAAACAAACUUUCUUUUCAGGGAUAACACGAGACGCUCGAGCUUUACGUUCAAACGCAUUUUACACACGUUAUACAGAAACAAUGGGUGUAAGGGAGUGUGUUAUAAUCUUGAAUUUGCACAACAACUCUUUGAACUAUUAUAUUUGCACAGAGAUGGGUGUGAGGGUGACUGAGUGUGUGUGUGUGUGUGUGUGUGUGUGUGUGUGUGUGUGUACUGUAUUUAUUUGUGUUUCGCUCGAUGGUGAAAGCCUAUUCACAGCCAGUGAGCUCAGCUGUGCGUCCCAGCUCCACGAGCCCAUUAGCGACGAGUUAAGUGAAUAAGUAUUCAAAGGGAAAAAAAAAAAAGGCUGCGUCGCCACUUCUCCUCUUU